AAUUUUCAGCUGUCUGAAGGUGGUGUACAAAACCAAAAGUAAAAGGUGUAACAACUAAACUUAAGAAUGAGAAUCAUAGAAAUAGAGCACAUAGAACAUAUCUACCGCUUCUUAGACUUGCUGUCAAUGAGAAUGACAGAUCUAUAACACACAUGUCAAUGUGAAUUUGUUCAAGUUGUCCAAAAAGUUACAUAUUGCAGCUUUAACAUUUUCCAUCCACCGUCAAGCGGGGGGCCACUAAAAUGUUUUUGCCGCGAGAUGGGAGCCCCCCAACCAAAUCUCACUUAGAGCCUCCAAAAGGCUGGAGCCGGCCCUGGUUUUAUSUAUCGAUACCAUUCCACUGAUUCUGCUCCAGCUAUUACCAUGAGCCCGUCCUCCCCAAUUAAGAUGCCACCAACCUCAUGUGAUUAAGCGUCAUGGGUAAAAACACACGAACAUCUUCACCAUCGCGCAAGCAUUCCCGCAAACUUUCUUGUAGUCGCAUGGUCUGGUCGUCUACAUUGGUAAUCAUUGUUACGGAAUUAUCAGACUGAAAACUUUUCAAUUCCAGGCCAAAUAUGGCUGAAAUCAAAACUACCGAUCCAACAGCCACGGAGGCUGGAGAGGAAAAGGACUGGACAGCAGCAAAAGCCUUUUUGGACAGUUUAAAAACAAACAAACCUAGACCUCCCAAACCCCAAUAUGCCGUUACUAUCGCCGUCUCCUCUCGCUCCCUGUUCAACAUGGUUGCAGAGGGGAAGAUCUACAAAGAAGAUGGGGUCGAGAAGUAUGUGACCUAUCAACAGGAGCACGACAAUGAGCCGCUCAUGCCAGGGGUGGCGUUUCCUCUUGUGAAGGCUCUGAUGAAUGUGAACGCACGGCUGAGGCGGCUCUACCCCGACAGCGACGAGUUGUUUGACGUCAUCCUGAUGACGAAUAACCACGCCCAGGUCGGGGUGCGCCUCAUCAACAGCAUCAACCACUACGAUUUAACCAUUGAAAGAUUCUGUAUGACGGGAGGGGAAAGCCCCAUUGGCUAUCUGAAGGCCUACAUGACCAACCUGUACCUCUCAAAGGAUGGAGAGAAAGUCAUAGAGGCCAUUGAGGAGGGCAUUGCAGCAGCGACCAUGUUUGCGUCCGGAGAUGUGGAGAACCAGCUUUCCGACACACAGCUGAAAGUUGCCUUUGACGGGGACGCCGUCCUCUUCUCUGAGUCGGAGAUCAUCGUGAAACAACACGGCCUGGACACGUCCUUUGAGCAUGCGAAGGAGUUUGAGAACAAACCUCUUGCACAGGUGUUCAUGAGAGGCCCCUUAAAGUGUUUCCUGGAGGCGCUGGGGAUGCUCCAGAGGAAGUUCUACGCCAAGAACGAGCGUAUGACCUGCCCCAUUCGUACCUACCUAGUCACAUCCCGCAGUGCAGCCAGCUCAGGGGUCCGCGUCCUCAAGACACUCAGGAGCUGGGGCCUGGAGAUCGAUGAGGCCCUGUUCCUAGCCGGAGCACCUAAAGGGCCCCUCCUACAGAAGAUCCAGCCUCACAUCUUCUUUGAUGACCAGAUGUUCCACAUUGAAGGUGCCAAGGAGCUGGGGACUAUCACUGCACACGUGCCUUAUGGGAUUGGACAGAAGUACAACAAGGGAAUAUUUAUUGAGCAGCCUGCCAAAGACAUGAUAUAGUGAGCCUCCUAGGGGUGGGAAGGUAUCAUACAUUAUGCAAAUAGUUAGUUGCGCACAACCCUGUCUUCAGCAGUCUUUUGUUUUGUGCUGGAUUUUGUAUUAAAAAAAUAAAGCCACUUCUACUAAAAUAUUUUUAUCAGAAUAUACUGUAGUAAAAAUGUACUACUCACUUCAGGGAUUUUUGCUAAAAUAAAACAAGUUUACAAUGUCA